CUCGAAUGCGCACGGCACUCGGAUAGGAUUUAUGUGUCGGUCUCAGGGUCACUACAACUAAAAAUCUCAGCUCUUUCUCCACAUCUAGAUGCCUUUUGGGUGGUAGGCAAAGUAUGCAAGUACAUUUAUUGUCAGUUGAUAAGAUUGCCCUUCUUUGCAAUGCAUCUUCAUAUUGCAAUCCACCGACAAUAGAAUAUCUGUAAAACAUUCUUAUCUAUCCCAACAUCAUCGAUCGGGAUUCAUGGACUUUUUCUCCAGUUUCCCAUCUCCCGUCUUCCCAGCUCUCACUGCUGCCAGCGUGAUGCUGGCACUCUUCCUCCUGAGACGAUUGCUGCGGCGCUGCUCGUCAAGUGUUCACCGAAGGAAGCCAAAUUACCCACCCAUCGCAGGAACAGUAUUCCACCAAUUGCUAAACCUCAGUCGAUUGGCAGAUUUCCAAACCGACCUCUCCCGCAAGUACAGGACCUUCCGAAUCCUCACCCCCUUCUGCAACUAUGUUUUCACUGUCGACCCUGCCAACGUCGAGCACAUCCUCAAAAUCAACUUUGCAAACUAUGGGAAGGGGAGCUUUACUUACGAUAUUAUGUGCGACUUCUUUGGCGAUGGAAUCUUUGCGGUGGAUGGUGAGAAGUGGCGCCAUCAGAGAAAACUAGCGAGCUUCGAAUUUUCCACAAAGGUGUUGAAGAACAACAGCAGUGUGGUGUUCAGAAGCACUGCUGCCAGACUUGCUAAGAUAAUCUCAAACGCUGCGAGAUCUAAUGAAAUGAUCGAGAUCCAAGAUUUGCUCAUGAAGUCGACGUUAGAUUCCAUAUGUGAAGUUGGGUUUGGUGUGGAGUUGGAUACGUUGACCGGAUCGACUGAAGAGGGGAGAACUUUUGCCAAGGCGUUCGACGAUGCAAGCGCUCAAAUAGUGCUCCGGUUUUUUGAUGUCUUUUGGAAGGUCAAGAGGUUCCUCAACAUUGGCUCAGAAGCCAAGAUGAAGAAGAGCCUCAAAUCGAUCGAUGAUUUUGUGUACAAAUUGAUCGAUACAAAGAUUGAGCAAUUGUCUCAACGAGAAACCGGAUUCAUGGAAAAAGAAGACAUUUUGUCGAGAUUUCUAAUCGAACGAGAGAAAAAUCCUGAUGACAUGAGCUACAAGUACUUGAGAGACAUCAUACUCAACUUUGUGAUUGCAGGAAGGGACACCACGGCAGGGACUCUUUCAUGGUUCUUCUAUAUGCUAUGCAAGCAUCCCAAUGUACAAGAAAAAGUAGCACAAGAGGUGAGAGAAGCAACCAAGAUAAAGGGCGAAGUGACCGUCGACGAAUUCGUCGCAAGCCUAACCGAGGAAGCCCUCAACGAGAUGCAGUACCUUCACGCAUCUCUGACCGAGACUCUCAGGCUGUACCCUGCAGUUCCACUGGAUGUCAAGCAUUGCUUCUCGGAGGACACAUUACCAGAUGGAUUCGACGUCAAGAAAGGAGACUUGGUGAUUUACCAACCUUAUCCUAUGGGAAGAAUGCAGUUCCUGUGGGGUGAGGAUGCAGAGGAUUUCCGGCCAGAGAGAUGGCUCAACGGUGACGGUGUAUUUGUGCCAGAAAGCCCCUUCAAGUUCCCUGCUUUCCAGGCUGGCCCUCGCAUCUGUCUUGGAAAGGAGUUCGCGUACAGGCAGAUGAAGAUCUUUGCUGCUACACUACUGUGCUUCUUUAAAUUCAAGAUGUGGGAAGAGAUGAGCACAGUGAGAUCAAGGACCAUGCUCACUCUUCAAAUUUAUGGAGGACUCCAUCUCGCUGCUCUUCACAGACAAGGUUGCUUGAACGCAGAUUAGUAUGCUUAAAUCAUGCUUUAUGUCGUUAUUUAAUGUAGUCUCUACCGAAGGAGCAUGAACCUCUCAUGCAUCUAUAAAUAUUUAGGAAAUGAAACUUGGUGAUCCAGGACUGGAAGUCCUGGAUUUUUACCUCCACUCUCCCACCAUUCCCUCAGGGCUUGGGGGGGCCAUAUUAAUUAUCGAAGCCCUCCAAGCAAGUGCAGGUCCUGGAUUGCCUUCAGUUCCUCCAAAAGAGCAUUGGCUUCUG